UGGCGGCGGUUGCGGCUGUUUCCGGGAGUCCCGGGGUGCCGAGUGGGGCGGUGGGCAGGGUGCUGUCCUGAGCCCGGCAGCGGGGCAGGGCGAGGGGGUAGGAGGGGAGAUGGCGGCGGCCUGCAGCUCUGCGAGUAUCGUCGAAUACUUCGGCGGGGAGGAUGGCUACCGCUGCGGCUACUGCAAGAACGAGACCGGCAACCUCUCCUAUGGUAUGUGGGCACAUUCAAUGACAGUUCAAGAUUACCAGGAUCUCAUAGACAGAGGAUGGCGAAGAAGUGGAAAAUAUGUCUACAAACCUAUCAUGAAUCAAACAUGUUGUCCUCAAUAUACAAUAAGGUGCCAGGCUUUGCAUUUUCAGACCUCCAAAUCUCAUAAGAAAGUUCUGAAGAAAAUGUUGAAGUUUAUUUCCAAAGGAGAUGUUUCAAAAGCAGGGGGUGGAGAGGAGCCUAUGGAUGCCCAUAUCGAGGAUGUGGUCGCCUGUGAUUUCGCAUACAAAAGCGAAUCCCACGUCGCUCAGUCUGAGCUGAAUCCCUUGAGUCAGUGGAUCACACAGAGCAUGGAUCACACAGAGAAGGUGGAGAAUGAAGAUGAGGACCCAGGAGAAACAAAAGAAGAGGUGAAUGCGCCGGAGGUGGACUCGAGCUCUCCUCAGAUAAGUGCGGCUGAAGGCACAGCAGUCCCCGGAGGACCAUCACACUCAGCUAAAGUUGGUCAUGCACCACCUAAGCCAGGGAAAGGGGCUGAUCUGAGCAAGCCGCCCUGUCGGAAAGCAAAGGACAUUCGGAAAGAAAGGAAACUGCAGAAACUCCUUCAGAACCAGAUGUGCAAAGCUGAAGGCUCUCAACUUCAAGCAGGAGAUCAACUUUCCCUCUUGCAGAACUCUAAAUCUAAAGCAAACCAACCUAAAACCAUCGAAGACUUCAUUUUUGCCUCUUUGCCUGAGGACGCACAACACAAGUUAGAGGUGAGGGUGGUGAGAUCAUCUCCACCAAGUUCACAGUUCAAAGCCACAUUUCAGGAGUCUUACCAGGUCUAUAAACGUUACCAGAUGGUUGUUCACAAGGACCCACCUGAUAAACCAACUAUAAAUCAGUUCACACGGUUCCUCUGCGACUCUCCCCUGGAGGCAGAGAAUGCACCAGAUGGACCAGAAUGUGGCUAUGGUUCUUUCCACCAGCAGUACUGGCUGGAUGGGAAGAUAAUUGCUGUUGGUGUGAUUGAUGUCCUGCCCUACUGCGUGUCCUCUGUCUAUCUGUACUAUGAUCCAGACUACGCUUUCUUGUCGCUGGGAGUCUACUCUGCGCUCCGGGAAAUUGCUUUUACCAGGCAACUCCAUGAGAAAGCUCCUGAGCUCUGUUUUUAUUACAUGGGUUUCUACAUCCAUUCGUGCCCCAAAAUGAGAUACAAGGGUCAGUACAGGCCUUCUGACUUGCUGUGCCCAGAGACCUACAUCUGGACACCGAUUGAGCAAUGCCUCCCCCUGCUCGAGCGCUCAAAGUACUGUCGGUUCAACCAGGAUGUGAAAGCAGUGGAUGAAGGUGGUGUGCAGGAGCUGGGCAGGGUGCGAGUGCUCCACAAGAGAACCGUGAUGCCUUACAGCGUCUACAAGAGGAGAAGGAAGGGGCCCAGCGACGAGGCCAGCGUCCAGCAGUACGCCAGCUUGGUUGGCCAGGCCUGCUCAGAGAGGAUGCUGCUCUUCAGGAGCUGACCUUGGGAUGGCACUCUGUUGUGUUGCACUGCCACUGGGUGCUGUGUGCUCUAGCUGUGUGUGGGUAUGCCUGCCCGAGUAGCAGUGUGAAGUGCAGGUUGUCUCUCUAGGCUUGUGUGAGUCCCUGGUCCUGUGCUUCAAGGCCCUCCCCAGUCAGACUUUCGGCGCAGCAAGGCUUUAGCAAUAGAAGUUUAGAAACCCACGCUUGCAAUAGACUUCAGUCCAGUAGCUCUGGCCUUUCUAUGCAGUUUGAUAACUCUGAGUAUGUAAGCAACAUGAAAAACAGGUGUCUUGGUUUGUUUCUUCAUUUCUUUUGCAGGGGCGACAGCUGCCUGCAUCUAGGUUAACAAUCACUCAAUUACAGAUGCUUUCAAGCAGCACCUUGGCUGCCUCUCCUUGCAAGUUGCUCUCACCUUUAUGCUGGCAUUUGGAUGCUCCUGCAAGAGAAUCGAAAUGUGCUGUUAACUUUCUAACCUGCAACCUGGCCUGGUGCCACUUUAUUUCAGUAGUCUGUUCAAAACCAGGCAGAGGUGACUGCCACUGCCCAUUCUUCAUGAUGUGGAAGCAGUAGCUUGGUGCCUGAGGUCCUGGUGAGCGUAGGAGCCCAUCAUAGCUUCUCAGUGGCAGGGGAUGCAGUGCUCUGGAAAACUUGACCCCCUUAGAGGUGAAGCAGCAGAAUAGUUGCACUAUGACUGUACCAAAGCCUCAGCCAGGUGGUGUGGUGGCUUCUUGGUGUAAGCCUUAUCCUUGGUCUCAGACAAGUGGAGAUUCUCACGCACAUCGCUCGGGUGAAGCAGAGCGUGGCAGCUUUGUCCUGUGCCUCCUCACUGCACCUUUCAGACUUAGGCCAGAGAGGAGGCAUCCAGUACCACUGCAGGGUUUGGUUGCAGUCUUGCUCUGCAGAUCACAGGAUGUCAGGGGUUGAAGGGACCCAAAGAGAUCAUCGAGUCCCACCCCCCUACCAGAGCGGGUCCAUGCAAUCUAGCUCAGGAACACAUCCAGCCAGGCCUUCUCCACAGAAGGAGACCCCACAGCCUCUC